GACGUAUAAGAAGCAGCACAAAUACUGAGAUUUGUCUGCCGCAUUUGCAAAAUAUUUAAAAAAAGAUUUGAACGUCAAAUAUGAAUUUGUUAAGUGCAAAACAUAGUGUACAUAUAGAAAUAUGUCUUAAGCCAAGUGAAAACCGAAUAGAGGCAUUGGAAAAGCUGCUUGAUGCACCUGUGCGUGAGUACAUUGCAUUGACGAACGUGCCGCUGGGAGAAUCGCUAAAAAUUGAUGAAACAAUUGUAGCGAAAAAUAGCACGCUGAAAGAUCUGAGAUUGGUGGAUUCCAUACUUGUGGAAUGUGAGGCCAAGCACCAUGGAGAGUUGCUCACCGAAACGGAUUGGCAAAAUUUAAUUUUGCAUUUCUUCAGCCCACAAAGACGUGUAAUGGAAUUGGAGACAUUUGAUAUUGAAACGGGUGAAGGCGGCGAUGGCGAUGCAGUACCUGCGUCCAGCCAUUGGCUGUUACCCUCCAGCAGCUUUUUGCAUUUAUGGGAGAAUUUAAUAUAUGAAGAGGGUUUGAAAGAAAAGCUGGUUAAGUUUGCACUUUCGGCAUUAACAUUCUCUCAACACAAUGUAAAUCCGCACAUAAUUUCCUGCAAUCGCUUAUUACUAUUACACGGUCCUCCCGGUACUGGUAAGACUAGCUUAUGCAAAGCUUUAGCACAAAAGCUUGCCAUUCGUGUACGUCGCACUUAUCGCCACACACACUUAAUUGAAAUCAAUAGUCACAGUUUAUUUUCGAAAUGGUUUUCGGAAAGCGGUAAACUGGUAAUGCGACUUUUUGCGAAAAUACGCGAAAUUGUUGUGGAUCCACAUAAUCUGGUAUGUGUGCUAAUCGAUGAGGUCGAAUCGAUGGCAUAUGCACGUGACUGCAUGUCUGGGCAGGAGCCAAAAGAUGCGAUGCGUGUGGUUAACGCCUUGCUAACACAGCUAGAUGCAAUUAAAGAGCAUCCGAAUGUUUUAAUAUUAGCAACAUCAAAUUUGGCUGACACCAUAGAUUUGGCUUUUUUGGAUCGUGCUGAUAUUAAACAGUAUAUUGGUUUGCCAAAUGUCACGGCCAUAAAAUGUAUUUACGAAAUGAUGUUAGAGGAAAUGAUGCGUAUUGGAAUAAUAAAUAAACAAUCAUUAAAAGAGACUGAUCGACAUGAAGGAUUGUUAACGGCGUUGGCAGAGCGUAGCAUUGGUUUAAGCGGACGCGCCUUGCGUAAACUACCAUUUCUGGCGCAUGCCGUGCACAUGGCCAGUUCGGAUUUUGAUAUGAAUGGAAAGAUUGAAUUAAGUGAUUUUUUGGAUGCUAUGUUAGCUGCACUUGAGCAGCAUCAUGAAGAUCAGAAGCAAAUAAAAACUUAAGUUAAAUAAUUAUUAAAAGAAAAUCAAAGUUUCACGUAUUUUGUGCAUUAUUGUGAAAGAAGGUUUGAAAUGUGAUCAAUAUUGGCAAGUUAAAUGUUAAAUUAAAUUAACGUGUUCACAUUGAAAUUUUAAAGAGCGAGUUUCAUUACAAUAUAUAAAUAACUUGUUUUACACUUACCACUUAAAAAACUUCUAGCCUUUAGAUGCAUUCAGUCGAAAAUAUUUUUUUUUUUUUUUUUGGAGACAACUAAGUCAUAUUAUCUAUGUACCACUUUUAUAUACACAUGUAAUAACGAUAACACUAUAGCAAAAAGAAAA